UUAACGACCGUGCCACAAGCACACGCGAUAGUAACAAAUUACUUAAUUAUAAUAUCUAAAUAAAAUCGAAAUGUUUUUAGCAACGCUACUCGCCUGUUUGGCAGCCACCGUGUGGGCUGGCCCCAGCCAAGCGCUAGGUGAAUCGAAGCUGCUGCAGGCAAUGCGCAGCACCAACGCACUGCAGCAAAGCGAUCCGGUUCGCUCGAUGGCCUGCUUUCAGUACUACAGCGAGGUCUUCGAUCAGCUGCUGCAGCAAUACGAAAAUCAGUAUGAAGCGUGCCAGAACACAAGCCAACUUCAGAUGGCGACCCUAAAUUGGAUAUACCAGACGAAGCUGAGCGUGUUGAGCAAUAAUGUCAUCUCCGCCUGCCAGUUGAUAGAAAAUUGUGAUAAUCAAAAUGAUACCGGCUUGGCCCUGGCCUGUUACUCACAGGUGGGCGCUGAGGACGCCAAGACCAUGUACAACAUUUCGGGCACUGCCAGUCAGUAUAAUGGCGAGUUUAAUCAGCAGAAGCAGGUGAUCGACUACCAGGAGGAGGAAUGUGCGAAUGAGUCGAGACGCACUUACGAGGUUAGCACGGAGCAGACUUAUGUCAGUCUGCAAGGUUGUCUAAUGGGCAAUGAGCCGGUGCCAACCACAACUAGCAGCACCACAGCUGGCCCUAGUUCGUCUCCAGUGAUACGAACAACUACGCCCGGGAGCAGCACAACUGGCGAGUCUACAGUUGAAGUCAGUUCAUCGUCUACCACAAGAACUUCAACCACAGCCAUUCCAGUUACAACUACAACUACAGAAGACCCAUUUCAACUAUUCAACCUAUAAAGUCGACCACAACUCCAGAUCCGGUUCCGGUGACAACGACACCUGAACCACAAACGAAGACAACAGACCCAGUAACGAGUAUCAGUUCUACUUCCAGUUCCAGUUCCAGUUCCAGUUUCAGUUCCACAACAUCAACUCCAACCACUUCGACACCACCAAUUCCACUUGGUUCCACAACAGCCUCACUUAUCAGCACAACACUUCCAGUUCCUCUAUCAAAGACAUCGGCUUUAGUGACAGCCACGCCCACAGCUUCGGCCGCGCCCGGUAACCAGCCCAGCCUGAGCUCAGACCUAAAGAAGCUGCUGCACUCUCUGCUACACUAGACAACAUGGUUUAUUUACUGCAUUAAAUAGGUAACGAGCUGACAAACCUUGGCUAUCGUUGGAGUUGCAAAACUUUUGUAAUCUCCGUGGGGUGGCUGUGUUGGUUGGGUUGCCUGUCGUAGUUGGUCACAGCAAAAGUAACGGUAAAAGGGAAAGUAAAGUAAAAGCAAUUUUAUGGAAAUGCUGGCCAAAUAUUGGCACAGUCCACACAGACCAGGCGGCAGCCGCAAUGGAAAAGUUCAGCUAAGCCAAUUGCAACUCUGCAAGUGUAACUUACAUAAUUAACGCUUGUAGAUGUUAACUACUUUGGUCUGCUGUGCCUGACCGACUAGCAAGUUGCCCUGUGAACAGCUUCAAGCGCAAUGCCAGCAAUCAAUUAAUCGAAACAUAAUUUUUGUAUAGUAAAAUAAAUAGCUUAAAGUUUGUAUUGAAUUAAAAAAGAACAUA